AUGCGUAGCCAUGAAACAGCAGUGAAGGCCGUCGCGACUUCAGUUCGUGCCUUCUUUGCUCGAAAAGAAUCAUUUAGAAUUUAUCAUGGAUCGACAAAUAGCACAAGACCAAAUCAUCAAAAUCGCAUUGUUGAUAUCAGUAACCUCAGAAAUGUACUGAUGAUUGACCCGAUAGCUCGCACAGCACUUGUUGAGCCGAAUGUUCCUAUGGAUCGGCUUAUUGAGGCGACUUUGAAAUAUGAUCUCAUACCGCCAGUAGUGAUGGAAUUUCCUGGUAUUACUGUCGGCGGGGGGUAUGCGGGAUCUGCUGGGGAAAGCAGCUCAUUCAAACACGGAUAUUUUGACCAAACCGUCAAUUCCGUCGAAAUGGUACUGGCAAAUGGAGAAGUUGUCACAACAUCUCGUUCUCAAAAUGCAGAUCUGUUCAGAGGAGCUGCUGGUGCAAUGGGAACUUUGGGAAUAGCAACAUUGAUUGAAUUGCAGCUUAUUCCUGCCAAGAAAUUUGUUCAGCUGACUUAUGAGUCAAAGUCCUCGGUUCAUGAGACGAUUGAAGGAGUAAAGAAAGAAAUUGGAGAUUCCGCCAAUGACUAUGUCGAUGGUAUCUUGUUUUCCAAAGAUUUCGGCGUAGUAAUGACAGGGAAAUUGACGGACGAUAAGCCAGCUACUUUGAAAGAGCAAUCUUUCAGUCAUGCUAGAGAUCCCUGGUUUCACUUACAUAUCCAAGAGCGAAUGAAUAGCGAAUCUCAUAAGUCUUGCGUUGACUACAUACCAUUGGGCGAAUAUUUAUUUCGGUGGGACAGAGGUGGGUUCUGGAUGGGCCAUCAAGCAUUUCAAUAUUUUCCAUUUGUUCCAUUCAAUCGAUGGUCUCGAUGGUUUUUAGACGACUUUAUGCACACCCGGAUGCUAUAUCGUGCUCUACAUGGUACUGGUCACUCAUUCGAGCAUAUCGUACAGGACCUUUCACUUCCAUAUUCUACAGCGGAGGAAUUCAUUGACUACUCAGCAGCUGAGUUAAACAUAUGGCCUAUGUGGCUAUGUCCUUUACGAGAGAUACAAGCGCCAACAUUCCACCCCUCAACUACAUUACCUGGUCCAAUUAAAGAUGCAAAACCGAUGCUCAACAUCGGUCUCUGGGGUCCAGGAUCUAAGAACCGAGAUGAAUUCUUCCGGCAAAAUCGUCAAUUGGAGAAAAAACUUGCGGAUUUGCGGGGCUUCAAAGUUCUGUACUCUCACACCUAUUAUACGGAGACAGAAUUCUGGGAGUUGUAUGACAGGAAGUGGUACGAAGACUUGCGGUCAAAGUACUCGGCUACAUCUUUGCCUACAGUUUACGACAAAGUGAAGGUAGAUAUGUCAAAAUUCUCGGGGGUCAAGUUAUCUUGGUAUGAGUGGAUAUUGAAACUAUGGCCGGUGGCUGGGCUAGUAGGUAUAAGGUCUGCUAUACGUAGCAGAGACUACUUGUUGCACAGGAAGCCACUAUGGAGAGAAAGGAUGACUAUUCAGAAGCCUUGA